AUGCGCAUCGGAAUCCCAACAACCGUCAUCCUCACGCUCGCCGCCGCUUCGUCGGUGUACGCAGCCCCAGCUGCACCCACCCACCACCUCGAGAAGCGAGGCUGGCUCAUGGACAAGAUGAAGGAUGCCUUUGCCAAGGCCGUCAAGUCCAUGGAGUGUGGUGCCUGUGUUACUGCCCUCGUUGUCGCCAAGGAUAUCUCGUACCUGAACAAGAACUGGGUCCUCGAUGCCGCCGCAGGAAUGUGCACGGACUUCAAGGUGAUGCCCAAGGAUGUUUGCCAUGGUUUGGUGUAUAGCCAAGGCCCCGUUCUCAUUAACUCGGUCAGACAGGCGAGCCUUCUCAGCGGGGAUGGAAAGCACAUUUGUCACCAAGUGCUCGGAGCGUGUGCACCUCAAGGCGUGCAGUCUGGUGUCGUCUCAUUCCCCAAGCCCAAGCCUGCCUUUGCUGUUGCUCCCACCCACAGUGGCAACACCGUCGACAUCCUUCACUUGUCCGACUGGCAUGUUGAUGACAAGUACGAGCCUGGUGUUGAGGCCGACUGCAACCGCCCUCUGUGCUGUCGCAAGUACGCCGAUUCGCCCUUGACUCCCAAGCGUAAGGCCUCCAGCUGGGGUGACUACAAGUGCGACGCGCCCGUUAAGCUGGGUGUCGACCUGCUGAAGUUCGUCCCCAAGGUCGCCAACGUCAGCUUCUCGAUCUUGACCGGAGAUGUGCCUCCUCACGACAUCUGGCUCCAGAACCGUGAGUCGGUCAUCAGGGAAGAGGACGCGGCCUACAAGACCAUGGCUGAUGGAUUGCCCACCAAGGUCUACCCCACCGUCGGAAACCACGAAGCUGGCCCCCCCAACCUGUUCCCCACCAAGGCCUCUGGCGGAGAUAUCCAAUGGCUGUACGACAGUUUGGCUGAUGACUGGUCGCGUUGGUUGCCCGCUGACGCCGUCAAAGCUGUCAAGAGCUACGGUGCCUACACCGUCAGCCCUGUCCCCGGCUUCCGCAUCAUCUCGAUGAACAACAACUUUUGUUACACCCUGAACUUCCACCUUUAUGCCGAUAGAAAGGAUUACGACCCAAUGGGAGAACUCAAGUGGCUCGUUGCCCAGCUUCAGGCUGCCGAGGAUGCCGGAGAGCGUGUUUGGAUCAUUGGUCACGUCGGGCCUUCGCAGACCGAUUGUCUCCAGAACUGGUCUGCCCUCUACUACCAGGUUGUUCAGCGCUACUCUCCCCAUGUUAUCGCUGAGCAGUUCUUUGGACACACCCAUUACGACGAGUUUGCUAUCUCCUAUGGACCCGGUGCUAAGAAUGCCCAGAACGCCAUCGCGACUUCCUGGAUCGGACCCUCCGUCACCCCUUACACCGACAUCAACCCCGGUUUCCGUAUCUACAAGGUCGACACCAAGAGCUGGAACGUGUUCGACUCUGAGACUUAUAUUGCUGACAUGACCCAGGCCGCGACAUGGGAUGCGACUGGCUCGUCUCCUAACUGGCACCUUGAGUACAGCGCAAGGAAAGCCUAUGGCGCUCACGUCCCCAUCGCUGCCGACAAACCUUUGAGCGCUAGCUGGUGGCACGAAGUGACCAGAGCCUUUGAGACCAACCCCGCAGCCUUCCAGGACUACUGGACCUUCCGCGGCAAGUCUGCCAAACGUCUCCCUGCCUGCACUGCUGCCAACGGUUGCGCCAAGGAGACGAUCUGCAACCUCCGUGCCGGAAAGAGCUCUGACGCUUGCAGUGAGAUCCACUUCUCGGUCAAGCGUGAUCUUAACGACGACGCAGAGGCUGCUGACCCUACUGGUCUUCAUUCUUUGUACAAGCGUGCCGAUCCCAAGCCCUGGAACAAGAAGCUCUGCGGACUCGGUGCCCAGUUCAACCUUUAA